AUGACAUCCAACAAUAAUAAUAAGACUGUUCCCGUGACCAUCUUGACUGGAUUCUUGGGAUCUGGCAAGACCACGCUGCUCAACAACAUUCUCAAUGACAGCACGCAUGGUAUGAAAUUUGCUGUGAUUGAGAAUGAAUUUGGGGACGUUGGUAUUGAUGAGCACGUCUUGUCAGAAAAUGUCGGUGAAGAAAUCAUCGAGGUCAUGAAUGGAUGCAUCUGCUGCACUGUCCGGGGUGAUCUCGUAACGGCACUCCAAAAGCUCCACAAGCAAGUCGCCUCCUUUGAUGGAGUCAUUAUUGAAACGACCGGCCUGGCUGAUCCGGCUCCUGUCUGUCAAACCUUUUUCGUCGAUGAAAACAUUCGAAAGCUCUAUCAUUUGGAUUGUGUUGUGACUGUGACGGAUGCCAAGAACAUCCUAGCGCGUUUGACCGACAUCAAACCAGACGGUGUCGAGAAUGAAGCCGAAGAACAAGUGGCCUUUGCGGACAAGAUUCUCGUCAACAAGACGGAUCUGGUGACCGCAGAGACGGAACUUGCCGAGAUUGAAAAGAAACUCCGGGCCCUCAAUCCCACAGCGUCUAUUCAACGCUGCCAACAGGCCAAAAUCAACCCGAAGGAUGUCCUCAAUAUCAAGGCCUUUGAUCUGGACCGCGUCUUGGAAUUCGACUCGGAAUUCUUAGACGAAGAUCAAGAACACCAACAUGAUGCAACAGUGACUUCUGUCGCCAUGAGGAUGGAAACCGAUAUCAAUCAAACCUUGAUGGAAUGUUGGAUCCAACGCUUGAUUUCGGAAGACGGUGCGAAUUUGUUUCGUUACAAGGGCGUCUUGGCCGUCAAGGGCAUGGAUUGCAAGUUUGUCUUUCAAGGCGUCGGAAUGCUCUUUACGGGUGGAUACUCCGACAUCAAGUGGAAGGCAGACGAGAAGAGAGAAUCACGAUUCGUCUUCAUUGGCAAACAUCUUGAUCACGAACUCUACAAGCUUGGAUUUGAAGCCUGUCGUGUGGAUCAACCCUUGCGCUUUGCUGUUGGUUCCUUGGUGGAAGCCAACGUGGGAGGCUAUGUCAAGGCCAAGGUCCUGAAGCAGUGGGAUGAUGGGAAUGCCUAUCGUUUGGAAAUUCAAAACAAGGAAAAGACCAAUGUCUGGGCUCCUGUCGACAUUGACAAUUACAUUCGAGCUACUGCUGUCAAUUAUAAUUAA